AUGGCCCCCCCAAAAUUCGUCGUCUUCGACUUCGACGGGACCCUCUUCGACACCCACCGAGCCAUUGCCCACAGUAUCACGUUGACAUUCGAAAAAUUACUUCCUUCGCAUUCUCCCUCCGAAUCAGAAGUCCAACGCCUAAUCGGCAGUGGAAUGGGUCUUAAAGAUGUUCUCAAUACCUUGCAUCCUGAACCAAGCACAUUCAAUGAAGAAGAAUGGACAUAUACAUACCGCGAGAUCUACGCUAGUCAUGGUCAACAGCUCGUUGAGCCUUUCAACGGAACACAGAAACUCCUGCAUUUUCUAAAGAGCCGCGACAUUCCCAUUUCCAUCGUGAGCAACAAAGGUGUUGCUGCGGUGUGGACGGCUCUGAGUAACCAUGGUCUUACCGAUUGUAUACCCCAGUCUUUGAUUAUUGGAGAUAAAACUCCUGGUGCUACGAGAAAGCCAGACCCCGCAAGCUUUUUUGAUGUGCUUGUUCCUGCUCUAAGGGAACAAGGGCUGGUAGAGAAGAUUAACGCCUCGGAUGUACUUGUCAUUGGAGACACUGAGGCGGACCUGCAAUUCGCGGCGAAUAUUGGUGGGGCGAAGUCGAUCUGGUGUCGUUAUGGCUAUGGGGAUAGACAUGGUUGUGAGAAGCUGAAGCCAGGCGCAACGAUUGACUCUUUGGGAGAGGUAGAGAAGUUAGUAGAUCAGUGGUGA